CUCACAUAAAAACACACACACACACCACACACAAACACAAAACUUUAGAGUACAGAUCCUUUCUAUUGUACAAUGGUCAUCCAGUGCACAUGCGAUUGCGAUUGCAGUGAUAGAGACACCCGCAGCUCCUGUUUGCCACGCCUCGUGCAGCGACAACGUGUCACGCCCCUUGCUGCGGGCAAUGAUAUGGAGCAUCGUUUACAUACCAGCUAUUUUCAUCGCCGGCUAUCGAAUACCUCAUCAGUGCUCUACGGCAGCUGUCCACAGCUGCUGCCAGUCGAGCAACCCAGCCACAAUCACAACCAAAGUCGGGCUGUGCAACAAAAGGAGCUGCAGCAACAGCUGGAGGAGCAGCAGCAGGAGCUGAGACCAUAUUCAAGUCUUGUGCGGACCAAGCACAGAAGCUCCGUGCUGUGCAACAAAUGCGCACUGUGACGAAGAUACAACUUAAGCUGUGAGCAUCCAGAGCCACAACAACCACAACAACUAUCCCAAAACAAUCCAACAGCGGUAGUAGCAGCAGCAGCAACAUCAGCAACAUCAACAACAGCAGCUGCUGCAACAGCAUUAUCAGCAGCUAGUCCGAAGGCAAGACAGAAGGAGCAGGAGGAGGAGGCGAAGGCUGUAACUGCCACAUUCAGUACGCCGCGUUAUUUGUGUCCCGAUUGCCGUUUUAACAAUCAGCCGUUGGCCUGGUGGGUCUCAUGUCCGCGUCUCUCCAAUCUACACAGUGAACGGCCACAAAUGACAACAGCAGCAGCAGCAAUGCAGCAGCCACCAACAGCGCGUCACUGUCAUGCCACAAAUCCGUCGCGAUUUCCACUGCAACUCAAUGCCAAGCGGCAUUGUGACAAUUUUGGCAGCUAUACAACAUUGCCCAGCAUUGAGCAUCAGCAGCAGCAGCAGCUCCAUCAUUCGCAGAUCAUCAGCGCUGGCUGCAGUCGACAUUGUGGGGCAGCAGCAGCGGCAGCAGCAGCCACCGCACAUCCUGAGCCACCAUUGCCACCAGCAGCUGCCUCUUCUCGUUGGUAUGGCCCAAGCAAUGCCAAUCCCAAUUUGAAUGCCUGUUGUUACAUGUACAAUCCCACGCCCCCCCAAUACGCCCCACAGCUCUGCGCUUGCGAUGGUUGGUAUCAGCAGCAACAGCAGCAGCAGCAUA